UACUUUGAUUGUUGUAUUGUCAGGAGUUGUCGAGCGAGAUUCAUACGUCCUGGUCAAGCAUUCAGGAAAAAGUGAUUUUCGAAGCUUUUGUAGUCGUCUGUUUCAUGUUCGCUAGCCUACAAGCGUCACGUCACAAACACUUGAGGGAUACGUUUUGGAAAAAGCAAACCAGUCACCGGAUUCAACUACUGUCAUCAUCGCAACUUGGACCAGAUAACGGCCGCCACUGCUAGCGAUUUCCUGUUCUCAACGUAGCUAGCUAGUUCGGUGAACGGUUUUGGGUGGUGAAAAACAUCGAACCGUGCAAAAUGACGGUGGCGGAUUCAAACUGGGGUUUGAUCACGAACGUGGUCAACAGCAUCGUUGGAGUGAGCGUGCUGACCAUGCCUUUCUGUUUCAAACAGUGUGGGAUAGUGCUGGGGACUCUGUUGCUGUUCUUCUGUUCGUGGAUGACCCACAAGUCAUGUAUGUUUCUGGUCUACACGGCCAGCAGCACCAAACGCAGGACCUAUGCUGGCCUAGCGUUCCAUGCCUACGGCAAACCAGGCAAAACACUGGUGGAGACCAGUAUGAUAGGUCUGAUGUUGGGGACCUGUAUUGCCUUCUAUGUCGUCAUCGCUGACCUGGGCUCUAAUUUCUUUGCCCAGUUGUUGGGCCUACCGGUGUCAUUUGGUUUCCGUGUGCUGCUGCUGAUGGCGGUGUCUCUGUUCAUCGUACUGCCUCUCAGUCUGCUGAGGAACAUGAUGUCAUCUAUCCAGUCCUUCUCUGCCAUGGCCCUCAUGUUCUACACGUUCUUCAUGUUCACGAUAGUCAUGUCUUCUCUGCGUUACGGCCUGAUCUCAGGCUCCUGGUUCGAGCAUGUUCAUCUGUGGCGGGUCAGGGGCGUCAUACAGUGCCUGCCCAUUAUCGCCACCACCUUCUGCUGUCACCCGCAGGUGUUGCCUACCUACGACAGUCUGGACGAGCCCUCCAUCAAACGCAUGAGCACCAUCUUCACCACCUCCCUCAAUGUCGUCACCACCUUCUACAUCACGGUGGGAUUCUUUGGCUACGUCAGUUUCACGGAGGACAUAGCCGGUAACGUUCUGAUGAACUUCCCUUCUAACCCGGUGACUAAGAUGAUCCGGGUGGGUUUCAUGAUGUCCGUGGCGGUGGGCUUUCCCAUGAUGAUACUGCCCUGUAGACAGGCAGUCAACACCAUGCUGUUCGAACAACAGCAGAAGGAUGGGACGUUUACUGCAGGGGGGUACAUGCCUCCAAUGCGCUUUAAGAUGAUCACCUUCGCCAUCGUCUUCGGAACCAUGCUGGGAGGCAUCCUCAUCCCCAAUGUGGAGACCAUCCUGGGUCUGACUGGAGCCACCAUGGGCUCCCUCAUCUGCUUCAUCUGCCCUGCCCUCAUCUACAGAAAGAUACAGAAGAAUGGACUCACCGCACAGUUGGUGUUGUGGGUUGGGUUAGGGAUCUUGCUGGUCAGCACCUUCACCACGGUGUCAAUCUCAGCCAGUGACUCCACCCCCAAGCAUGCCCCUCCUCCCCCUGCAGCUGACAAGAGUGCCAUCUUGAGAGUCCUUCCUGACAUGGCUGAUUUACUGAAAGCAGUAGAGAAGCCGGUGGUAGCGAAACAGCCUGAGGUGAAGCCUGUGUUGGUGGAGAGGCAUAAGGCCCCUGCUGUUUUAGAGCCAGUCCAUCCAGUAGAGAGACAGCAGGAACAGGCUGAUCCCCCCCAGAUCAAAGGACCUGAACAAGGAGUUCCAGACAGGAAGGAGGAGGAGGAGGAAGUGCAGCUGGACCGCCCUGAUGCAGGUGUGGCGGUACCUGACGGGGAGGCCCAUCGGCACGAGCCGCCCAUCCCCCAUGAUGAGGUCCAGAUAGAGAAGAGGAAGAAUGACGCAGAGCUGGAGGAGGAGAACCAACCUGCAGCGGGAGGAGAAGAGUCUGAGGGUCAGGGAGUGGCGGACCAGGAAGAGGUGAAGAAUAAAGAGGGAGGAGAGGAGGAGGAGAAACUUCCUUUGUUGGUGAAAAAGGAGGAAGUGGAGGUGGGAGGAGCAGAGGUGCAGUCCAAUGCGGUGCUGGAGAAGCCUGACCCGGGGGCGGGGAAGAAACAGGAAGUCCCACCCCUAGAGCAAGUGGAGAAAAUUGCCCCAAUGCUUGUUGGGAAGGAUGUGGUGGCUGAGCAGGCGCUGGUUGAUGCGGCCAAAGCCCCAGAGGUUGCUGGGAAACGUGAGCCGGCGGCCCCAGUUGCUGAAGCAGUGGUUCCCGUGGCAGCAGAGGGGGCUGCUGUUCCAGAGGUUAAGGAGAGAGGAGUGGAGGACAAGAUGGAUGUGAUAAAAAAGCUGGUUGCAGAGGGUCAGUUGGACCAUGCUGCUCUGCUGCAGGUUAUAAAGGAGCAGCAGGAGCAGCAGAAGAGGCUGUUGGACCAGCAGGAGAAACUACUGGCUGUCAUACAGGAACAGCACCAGGAGAUGCACCCCAGAAAGACCGAUGGAGCUUCAGAGGCCGAUGCAGAGAAGGGGGUCCAGGAGGAGGGGGGCGCAUCCAAACCCAAAGGCCCAGCUCAAGGUGGUCCUGCCCUGGCCUCAGACACCAUGGAGCCUGGGGAGCCCACUGGAGCUCCACAGGCCGGAGGGGCCGAGCCUCACAUCCAGCCCCACAAUGAGGUCCUCCCUGUGGAGAAGAGUGCAGAAGAGCAGGUCUUCAAAGUGGUUGCCUCUGUUAUUGCCAAACAAGAAGUACUUCUGGAGGUCCCUAAACGGCCUGUUUUGGCUGAGGCAGCAAUCGUGGCAGGGGCAGAGGUGGAGGCCCCUAAGGAGAGGGACCUUGGGGCUAGGGGAGUACCGCUGGGUCAGGAGGUGACAGAGGGGAUGAAGGUAGAACCAGCCCAGCUGCCACCUGCCAAAGCUGAGGACGGGGUAGUUAAAGGAGGGGUGGAGGUAGUGGACAAGGUGAAGGAGAGGAUAGAGAAAGAGAGACUGGAGGAAGUGAGGAUUGAUAGAGCGGUGCAGGGGAGGGUGGAGGAGGAACGGUUGGAUAGGGAGAGGAGGGAGAAACUGUCGAGAGAGCAGGAGAUUGAAAACUCCAGAGUAGAGAAUGAGAGGCUGGAAAAGGAGCGAGCAGAGAGGGAGAGAGCGGAGCGAGGGAGGAUCCAGUGGGAGAAGACGGAGAGAGAGGUGAUUGAGAGAGCGGAGAAGGAGAAGGACCAGGAGCAGAAGGAGAAAUUGGCACAGCUGGAGAGCGCCAUCAAGGCCCGGGAGGAGCAGGCUCUGGCUGCAGCUGGGCCAGGACCUGUCAAACCAGGAUUAGGAGAAGAACUAGGGGCUGUGAAGAAGAGUGGACGGGACCUGAAGGAGAGGGCGACCGUCCAGUCAGACUCCAGCGAUGUUGUUGAAGAGAAGACCCACAAAGGCCAGGAUCAGGGGGUCCAGGAGAAGGCCAGAGACCAAGGAGACAUGGACCUAAGGAGGAGGAGGAGAGCCCUGGGGGUAGGGGAGGCUGGGGGUUCCAGGAGGGGUGUGCCGGAGCUGGAGCCCUUCUUUGACAUGGGGGGGUGGGAUCUCCAUGCAGCCCUGGAGGCACCGCCACUCGGGGGAGCACUGGUACACACACGCCAGAUAAAACGGACCUCUGAGCUUGAGAGAGACGAGUAACUGGGAGUGUUUAUUUUACCUUUAUUUAACUAGGAAAGUCAGUUAAGAACAAAUUCUUAUUUUCAAUGACGGCCUAGGAACAGUGGGUUAACUGCCUGUUCAGGGGCAGAACGACAGAUUUGUACCUUGUCAGCUUGGGGGUUUGAACUUGCAACCUUCCGGUUACUAGUCCAACACUCUAACCACUAGGCUACCCGGUAUACACGCACAUGAAUACGGUAUAACAUACACUCACGGACAGUUGGGUUGGACUGUGCAAAUCCCUGUAUUUACACAAACACUCACAUAUAGUUGGUUAGAAUGUGCACACCCUAUUCUGUCUCUCUCACACACACACACACACACACACACAUGUACAGUUGGUAGUUAUACAGGUGUUCAUACUAUUCACAACACACAUUCUUUCUCUCCCACACACAUGUAUGGGAUGUCAUGUACCAUGGAUCACACUCUGCCUUACCACCUGUCUUCAUAAUACCUGACCAGUACAGGAGGAUUGUGAGUGUGUGAGGUGCAUUGAUUGUUAUAGGGAACAUUCUGACUGCAUUUACACAGGCGACCCAAUUCUGAGCUUUUUACCAAUUAUUGGCAAAAGAUCUGAUUGGUCAUAAUACCAUUUAUUGGCUGAAGAUAGAUCAGCAUUGGGCUGCCUGUGUGUCUUCAUUUGACCCUAGUCUGUGUUCUUCUACCAAAUAGGAAUGGUUUGUUUUUUAGCAUGCUCCUUCUAUGAUUCCAGAAGACAUUGCAGUUAUAGUGAUGAUAAAGAUAUUGUAGCAAUGAUCAAAUAUAUUGUAGACCAUUCUAUAAUAAUAUGCUGUAUUAUGCUGCCAUAAAUCUAUUUAAAAUCUAUUUGUAUGUAAAUAUGAACUUAUUUUAGUUUUUUUAUUAAGAAGCUCAAUGCUCUACUGUAAUGUAUGUUAAGCUAUGCAAUACCACAUGCCAAGUUUCCUUCUGUCCUGUGUGUUUGAGAGAGCAAUGCACCACCUAUCUGGCUAUCCAAUGGCUGCGUUUGAGUCACUUUAAAUCCCUUAAUACUUCUAGGUGAUGUGGAGUUUUCAUUUUGGCUCUGUAGAGAUUACUUGUGGUUGUUUUUGUUACUGUUGUACUUUUGUUAAGCCCUUUGAAAUGUAUGUUAGUUAUUGUGAGCUGUAAAUAGUGUAUAUGUUAUUUUCUGAACGUAGCUAAAUGUUCUCAUGCUGCUUUUUUUUUUACAUAAUAUUUUUGGAAACAUUCAUAGUACAUUUAAUUAAGGAUAAAUCGGUUAGCUUCUUUUUACAUUUUCCUCUCGAUUUUAAACCAGACUUCCAUUUUGAUGAGUACAAACUGCUACUGUAGUGUUGUAUAGUGUAGCCUUAUUUCUACACUGACUGGUCAAAACAUUAAGAACACCUUCCUAAUAUUGAGUUGCAACAACCCCCCUUUCUUCCUCAGAACAGCUUCGACUCUACAAGGUGUCAAAAGCGCCCCAGAGGGAUGCUUCCCACAGUUGUCAAGUUGGGUGGUGGGCCAUUCUUGAUACACACAGGAAACUGUUGAGUGUGAAAAAACCCAGCAGUAUAGGAGUUCUUGACCUACUACCAUACCCCAUUCAAAGGCAGAUUCAUCUUUUGUCUUGCCCAUUCACCCUCUGAAUGGCACACAGACACAAUCCAUGUCUCAAGGCUUAAAAAUCCUUCUUUAACCCGUCUCAUCUACACUGAUUGAAGUGGAUUUAACAAGUGACAUCAAUAAGUGAUCAUAGCUUUCACCUGGAUUCACCUGGUCAGUUUGUCAUGGAAAAAGCAGGUGUACAUAAUGUUUUGUACACUCAGUGUAAUGUACAAUUCCCAAACGUUUUACCCACAAAGGAGUUCUGAAUCCAUUACUCUGGUUCUACAUUCCAUGUUCUGGUUCUACUCUCUCCACCUUUCAUACAUGAUGUUUUCCAUGACUUAAAGUAAUGUGGUUAUUUUGUUUAGUCAUAUCCUGUGUGUGUGUUAUAUCCUGUGUGGGUGCCACUGCUUUGUGCCUUGUAUUGUAACUUGCAGUGAAAUGAAUGGGCCAAAGUGA